GCGUUACACGACACAUGUAUGCAAAUUUUAGGAAGAAGUUCUCUGGCCAAAAGUUGAAGAAUCUAAUGUGGAAAGCUGCUGCAAGUACAUAUCCCCAAGCUUGGGAAAAAGAGAUGCUAAAUAUGAAGGAAGUGAAUGAAGGGGCUUACAAAUAUCUAAUUGUUAUCGCGCCAAGGUAUUAUUUAUACAUUAUGAAUACAUUGAUCACUUGUACAGUGCAUAUAACAAUGAUUUAUCUUGCUUGUAACAGAUAUUGGUCAAGGUCUAGAUUUACAGGUAGGUCAGUUUGUGAUAGUCUAACCAAUAACAUGAGUGAAGGUUUUAAUAGUGUGAUUCUUGAGGCACGAGGAAAGCCCAUUAUAANCAUGCUUGAAGAAAUUAGAGUUUUCCUCAUGAAAAGAUGGGCAACCAAUAGAAUGAAAUCAUGUAAUAUGGACUUUGAUAUCUGCCCCAAGAUUAGAAAGAGACUUACAAAAGAGGCCAAUUUAUCAAAANAUUGGAUCCCUAGUUGGUCUGCUGAAAAAAUAUUUGAAGUUAGGCAUUAUGCACAGAUUACAAACAAGUUUGCAGUUAACCUGGACAUCCAAGAUUGUACGUGCAGGAAAUGGCUUCUUACUAGGAUCCCAUGCUGCCAUGCAAUUGCAGCCAUGAAGUUCCUAAAUUUAGAUCCAGAAAACUAUGUACCCAUUUGGUUCAGACGAUCAACGUAUGAAGAAGCAUAUGCCUCCAUCAUAUUUCCAAUGAACGACCACCUGUUAUGGGAAAGAACACCCUACGUAGACGUCCUCCCACCAUUCAACAGAAAAUUACCUGGCAGACCAAAGAAGAAGAGAAGGUUGGAGCAAUGGGAGCUAAGAAGGGAUGAGACCCAGAUGACCAAAGGUGGCCACCGGAAGAAAUGUAGUAUUUGUCGUCAAGUUGGACAUAAGAGAAAUAAAUGCCCUACUCAACAUCAAACAGACCUACCAGGACCAUCCCAACCACCACCCCAACAACCAACUGAGGAAAUUACACAACCAUCCCAACCACCUGCUGAGGAAAUGACACAACAAUCUGAACCCCCACCAAUCAGGCCCGACAAGUUACCCAUUAGAAGACAACGUCCUUUAUAAUGUUCUAAAAUUGUUGUACUUUUGUUUAUUUGGAUUUGGUCAGUUGUGUGGUAAACA